AUGGAUGAGAUACAGGAACCUCUAGCCUUGACUGUGCAUCUUCUUGCUGACACUGGGAACGGUUUCCUUCUGCAGCAGGCUCUGGACCAACUACUGGAAUGUAUCUGCCCAGAGGUGCGUCUCUUCCUGGUGUCUGAACGUGCCAGACCGGUGAAUUACCAUGAAAAGUACCACCCGCGGAGGGCCCGCUUCCCAGGAAUGUCUGUUUUGCUCUUCCUUCAGGAAAGCCUGGGACAAGAACGGUUGUUUCGAGUCUUGGACUUCCUACGGCGUUCACCCUGGCAGGGUUUCCCUACCCAGCAUGCACAGGGGAGGUCUUGUUCUUAUCUCCCUGCCAAUCAGGAAUUCUACAGUCUGCACAACCAGAUGCCAGUGUGGGGCAUGAGGCCGGUGAAUUGUGGCACUGAUAUCCUCAGGGUGACUCUGUACUGCAGUUUUGAUAACUAUGAAGAUGCCAUCAGACUCUAUGAGAUGCUUCUACAGAGAGACGCCACUGUGCAAAAGAGCGACUUCUGUUUCUUUGUCCUCUAUGCCACCGAGGGCUUCAGCCUGCAGCUAUCUCUGAAGCAGCUGCCCCUGGGAAUGUCAGUAGACCCCAAGGAGUCUUCUGUGCUGCAGUUCAGGGUUCAAGAGAUCGGGCAGCUCGUGCCCCUUCUACCCAAUCCGUGUGUUCCCAUCAGCAGCGCGAGGUGGCAGACUCAGGACUAUGAUGGCAAUAAGAUUCUGCUGCAGGUCCAGCCGAAGCCAGGAGUUGGCGUUAAAAAUGGUGAGCAUCCCUUCUUGAACAGCUGCUUGAGAGGUGACACACAUCCACAGGACUCCAGCCUGAACUCUGUCUCCACACAGAGAACCUUGGAGCCAAGGAGCCGGAGAAGGAGCAGGAGCCGGAGGUUCAAAGUACAUUCGCUGGAGCUUCCACAACCCAGUGGCUCAUGGGAAAACUCUACUGACCCUUUGUGGAGAAGGCUUGGCUGGUCCACCCUGGCCGACAGCUCCGCUUCAGGCAUGCAGCAGUGCCGACUGUCUAUUCCCAUAGAACCCAAGAUGGGAAGGAACACUCUUAGGGAAGAUGGCUUUGAGAAGCUCGAGGCGGAGACAAAUGUUGACACUGGCUUCACCAUCAUCAAUUCCGAAUCCAGGCGAUCCUUUCCGAGCAGAUUUCCCAGGGAUUUUCAGAGCAGCCAACCACCACGCUGCUUGUCAGGCUCUUCCUUAGAGGUAACUGCUUCCCCAAACCAAGGAGUCUUUAAGGAUAGACUCCACCCUCUGACACUUCCUAGUCAAAGGGACUUUGGUGCAAAGAAGGUCAUCUCAAACUGUUCUCAUCAUCUGCUGGCCCAGGGCGAAGAGAAAGAAGAAUUCUUUAUAUAG